GAUGACGACUUCCGUUCGGUUUGGUUUCCAAAAUGGCUGCUCGCAUUUUAUUCGUGCUAGUUGCAGGGAUUUUAUCUGUUUAACAUUGGAGACGCUUUUCUAACUUCAGGACCGUGUUGUAUAUUUGAUGCAUUACUGUCGGUAUUUCAUUAUCGGUAGGAAAGACACACCGUUGCGGAUUUGUGUGUGUGUUUUUAAAAACAAGUCUUGACAGAAAGGCUAGCAUUAGCGUGCUAGCUCGAGCAGCCAUGCCAGCUCAGACUCUGUUCGUCGGCUCGCUACCGGCGUCAGCUUCGAACGAACGCCUGGGGGAGAUUUUCUCCGAGGUUGGUCCCGUCAAGCAGUGCUUCGUGGUCAGAGAGAAAGGCGCAGAAAAAUGUCGAGGAUUUGGCUACGUCACGUAUGCCAUGGAGGAGGAUGCACAGCGAGCGCUGAAAGACAUAAAGGAGUACGACGGAAAGAAGCUUUCUAUUUCGGUGGCCAAGAAGAAACUGAAGGACAAAAAGAAAUCAGAGCCAGAUGCAGCAGCAGUGCAAGCAGUGCCACCGCCUUCCAAAGAAACUGAGCAGAAAGUUAAGAACAUCAGGAAAAACACCCUGAAAGCUAGACUCAUCAUUAGGAAUCUCAGUUUUAAGUGCUCAGAGAAGGAGCUCAUGGAGGUUUUUGGCAAGUUUGGAGAAGUGCUUGAAGCUAAAAUACCUCUUAAACCUGAUGGUAAGAUGCGAGGCUUUGCGUUCGUCCAGUUCAAAACUAUGUCGGGGGCAGCCAAAGGGCUCCAAACCAUGAACCUGAAGGAGAUUAAAGGCCGCCAAGUGGCUGUCGACUGGGCUGUGCCGAAGGACAAGUAUGUCGCCAUGCAGGAGACAUCCACCACAGAGACUACGACAAGUGACGACGCUGCUGUGAAGAAAUCUGACCCUCAGUCUGAUGGUGAAGAUGAGGACGAGGAAGAGAGUCAAGUCGCUGACAAGGUCAGUCCCAACAAAUGUGGACCACCGGAGAAGGAGUUGCUGUCAGAUGAUGAUGAUGAUGAUGAUGAUGAUGAAGAAGAAGACAGUGAUGAAGAGGAGGAUGAAAACGACGUGUCCCAGGAGGGCGAAAAUGAUGAUGCUAGCCUUGAUACAGCCACGGAGGAUGAGUAUGAUGAGGAUGAAGACGACGAUGAGGAGGAGGAGGAGGAUGUCGAUGGCGACCAAUCAGCUCAAAAGAAGUCAAAGAAGACGCUCCCGUCAGACGUGAAGGAAGGAAGAACAAUUUUCAUCAGGAAUCUGUCGUUUGACACGGAGGAAGAAGGACUGGAAGAAACUCUCCUCCAGUACGGAGAACUGAAAUAUGUCAAGAUUCUUAUCCAUUCAGACACGGGACAUUCGAAAGGUUGUGCCUUUGCUCAGUUUAAAGCCAAAGAAGCGGCAGACAGAUGUAUCGCCGCCGCGCAAGACGAAGCAGAGGCCGACGGAAUCCGAGUGGACGGGAGGAAGCUGCUCAUCGUGGCCGCCGUGAGUAGAGACGACGCGGCCAAGUUGAAGGUCAAUAAAGUCAAAGUGCAAACGGGCAGCAGGAACUUGUAUCUGGCCAGAGAAGGACUGAUCCGUGCCGGAAGCAAGGCGGCAGAGAGUGUGCCUGAAGCAGACAUGAUCAAGAGAGCCAGAUUUGAAGAGAUAAAAAGGGCUAAACUUCGAGACGUCAGCAUUUUUGUCUCCAAGAAUCGUCUGUGCGUCCACAACCUGCCAAAAUCCUUGGACAGUGCGAAGCUGCGAGCGCUCUGCCUUCGUGGACUCGGCGGCGUCAAAAGCAUCAGGAUGCCAGAGUGUCGCAUCAUGUAUGACAGGAAGCCUGAGAAGGGUCAGGUGAUGGGCCAAUCCCUGGGCUAUGGCUUUGUCCAGUUCACGGCGCACGAGCAUGCUCUGGCCACGCUGCGCUACCUCAACAACAACCCGGACAUCUUUGGUGGUCACAAGAGGCCCAUCGUUGAGUUCUCGCUGGAGGAUUCCCGCAAGCUCAAGAUCAAAGAAAUGCGACGGCAAAAAAGCAAGGAACAUAAUUUGAAACAGCAAGGUGGAAAAGACAAUGUGAUGCCUCAGAAGAGCAGAGAUUGGAAAGAAACCAACCGAGCUCCUCACGCCAAACAGAGGCCAAGCAAGCACUGUGGCUUCCAGACCAAGCCCGAGGUGGAGCACGUAGACCUGGAGAAUGGAAAGAAGCGGAGGAAGGUGCUGGCCUUCCCGUCCCACCGAGGACCCAAGAUCAGAAUGCGCGACAAAGGGAAGCAAAAGGCUCCGCCCCCCAAGAAAGCGCAGCGUGGAGGAAGCAAGAGAGACUGGCAAACGCGGAAAAUGGAGAAGCCCACCGAGACAAGAAACCAGAACGCUAAAGGAGCAACGAGGCAUUCGAGGAAUAGGGACGGUGAUCGUUUUGACAGCCUAGUGGAGCAGUACAAGAAGAAACUUCUCUCCAGGAGUGAGAAAAGCUCCAUUAUGAGAAAAAGCAAGUGGUUUGAUAACUAAACUUGUUUAUUUGGACAUUUAGCAUCUAUCCCAAGAUGCUGAUUCAGUGGUUAGGUGUUAUCAUUGUACACCAUAUUUGUAUGAACCUCAUGUUAAACUAUUGUGGCGCUCCCUGCCACCGAAAUAAGUGUUUUUACAUCUAGUCUGUCUUUUUUUUUUUAAACUAUUAAAUCAAUUGGCUCUACAAUUGUCUACUCAAUUUGACAGUGGACUUUUAUUGCAAGAUGAUAGGUGUUUGCAGCAAGGUGCACAAGUGGUUAGCACAUCUGCCUUACACUUCUGAUGUUUGCUCAUUGAAUCCCAGCUCUGGUGUGCUUGUGUGGAGUUUGCAUGUAAGUGGGGUUCCUCCCACAUUCCCAAACAUGCACAUCAGGUUCAUGAAGACUCUGAAUUAGGUGCGAAUAUUCAUUCAUUCAUCUUCCGUUCCGCUUAGCCUCACUAGGGUCACGGGGGUGCUGGAGCCUAUCCCAGCUAUCUUCGGGCGAGAGACGGGGUACACCCUGAACUGGUCGCCAGCCAAACGCAGGGCACAUAGAAACAAACAACUGUUCACACUCACUUUCACACCUAUGGGCAAUUUAUAGUCUUCAAUUUACCUACCCUGCAUGUUUUUGGGAUGUGGGAGCAAACUGGAGCACCCGGAGAAAAACCACGCAGGCACGGGGCGAACAUGCAAACUCCACACAGGCGGGGCCGGGAUUUGAACCACGGUCCUCAGAACUGUGAGGCAGAUGUGCUAACCAGUCGUCCAUCGUGCCUAUGUGUGAAUAUGUCAAAAAAAUCUGAUUUCUGUUUUUCCUAAAUAUUUUUUCGCCUUUGCUUAUAAAUGACAAUGACAUUAUUCAAAACGAGUUUGUAUUUGCAUUUUUUUUCUCCUGAUACCAAACAAUCUCUGAAAUAGAUUUUCCCUCCCAACAUUAACUUGCAUCAACUUCUAUAGACACAAUAGAAUGUUUUUUGUUUUUUUUAAGAUGAUGUGAAAAUGUGUCCCAUUAGUCAAAUGUUAUAUUUAAUAAAACUUUGUAUUUUUUUAAAUGA